AUGCCCAAGCUCGGCAGCGCGGCCGCAACCGACGGGCCCCGACAUGAACCCCGAAUCCUGGUAGCCAAGGCUGCCGAAAUGGCUUCUGGAAGGAGCUUGUCACCUCCUCCAGCCAACAUGCGGUCCCUUCCCACCGUAUACCAAAACCCCCUCUCAGAGUCUCAGACCGCAUAUUUCAAAUAA